AUGCGCCUGGACGCGGCCUCCGCCGUCACCACUCUGCCCUCGCCACCCCAGAAGAAGAAGAACAACAACAACAACACCGCGAUCCGGACAUGCUCUCGCAGUCGCAGCCAGACUGAUCCGUCGGCCAGACAUCAUCAUCAUCAUCAUCCCCCAGGACCCUCCGUCAGAGACCGCCGCUCCGUCGACUUCGCGUCCCCAACACACAGACACAAACCCGCCUCCCUCCAGUUCAACCCAGCCUCUCCCCUCAGCUCCGAGAGCUUCUCCAACCCGGCGCUCGCCAGCUUCUCGCCUCGCAAGGUCGCCGCCCUCAAGUCCGGUGCCCGAGCAGGGGUUGUGUCCUCCUCCACGUCCAACACCACCUCUUCCUCUUUCUUCUUCUCUACGUCCAACACCACGUCUUCCUCGUUCUUCUCCUCCUCCUCUUCCAUCCCAAAGCUACUCCUGCAGACCCCCCGGACGGCCCGUGACCUGGAUCUGCAGUCCCAGUCGUCCUCCGCCGCCCACUUCAACUCGCCCCUGUCGCCCGGAACCCUCCCCAGCGCCGCAUCGUCCACCGUCUCCCCGUCCGAGAGCUUCCGUCCGCCGUCUACGAUCGACUCCCGGACGUCGUAUCAGAAGCGCGCCCCCGCGUCUCGGAGCAGCCUGGGCAUUGAAACCGCGUCCGGGCCGCCUCCUGCGCUAAGCACCCAACGCAGUCUUGCCCAGGAACGACACACCACGCUGUCAUCAUCUCUCGAGUAUCCCAACAGAUCCCGAUCCUUUGGCCUGGCCUCCUCCUCCUCCUCCACUCGAGAUUCUGGCUCCAAACUGAAUAGUUCCUCCGCCUCCACCUCCGUCGAGGUCGGCAUGAGACCCGAACAGUCGCCCACUUCGAUCCUGAAACGGUCGUCGCUCCCGACCCGGACCGUCUAUUCGUCUUACCAGAGCGACCGGCCCAGGAGCACGCUCGCCUCGCAGGCGAACGAGAGCCCCAACGAUGGCGACCAUGAUGAUGGUGAUGAUGAUGAUGAUGACCUUACCGCGAGACUUGACACCAAUGCCGAUGCGAGUUCCAAGGACUCCGACGAUAGCAGACAGAAAAACGAAGAUGUCUUCUUGAACAUUGCAAAAUCCUCGUCGAGCCGCCGUGACUCGGUAAGGGGUUCAGAGCGACAGAGAUCGAAAUUUGGGCUCACUGGCCUGUCUUCGCGAUUACGAACGAAAGAAGAUACGCCCCCUCCCGAUCGAAACAUAUACGAUUCCCAGGAUGUAUCUCCGCUCAACGGCUACACCACCGGCAUCCUGAGAUCUGCCGCAUCUUCCCAUCCUCUGGAUGACUCGAGUCGUCUUAAGUACCUUGGAUCCACCGCCCGAUCGACAAUUGGACUGCCCCGGAGCAGGUUUGGUCGCAGCACAGCCCGUGAAUUGUCGCCGGAGCCACCGCAGCAGCAACGCCCAAGUGAGCGGCGUGGUUCAGCUCAGGAUACCUUUCAGCUGCGAGCUCACCGACAGUCAAACAUCCCAGGUGGAAGAGGCUACCGCGCGCUGUCCAACUCCGACGGCACAGAUCCAGCCAAACUGGACGUCGAGCGAUCGCGAUACGACGGUACUGAAUCAACACUGUCAACGACUGCGCCUUCCACAGUCUGGGAUGAAUUGGACGAUCUGAAGUCAAGGAUCCGGAAGUUAGAGCUGACCGGGAAACUCCCUACGUCUUCAGCCGCUGCUAUGUCAUCGGUAUCGGGCGAGAGACCGCGGACUGCCACCACCACCGUCACCACGAUUUCGUCCUCUCCAAAACAUGGGCGAAGGACGAGUGCGUCUCCCAACAAUUCCGGUGACGCCGCGACGACGGCCGAUGCUCAGAUGCAAACGCUGCUCCGCACCGGACUGACCAAGGUGAAGCCGGCGGUGAGCCCGGAGAUCUAUUCUGCGCUCGAGGCCACCGCGAACGAUGCUUUGACCCUUUCCUCCAUGUUUGGCUCGAACGCCCAGCAAUUGGCCAGCACCAUGUCUGUGGUUGGCACGGCUACCGGCUCUGACCGGCAGUUCAAGAGAAAAGUCGACAGCAUGUGUCGAAGCCUCACCGAGCUUUGUAUCGCAUUGGCUGAUCAAAAGUUGAUCGCGGCGUCGAAGAACCGCCCCGGAAGCAGAGAUGCGACCUCCAGCGUGCCACAAGUGAAUGGUGCCGACACCACACCCAAUACCACUACGACCAAUUUUCGGCGAAGUGCAAGUCAUGAGCCAGAGGACGUUGGACGGCAAGCUGGCUCUCUAGGACGAACGCUGACGAGCAGCCGGUUGGAAGGGCGUCGUUCAAGCAUGCUCAACCUUUCCACUACCGGUUCUACGGUGCGAAGCUCGCAGGAAGCCUCUGAUUCCCAGGUUACUUUAAAGCCAUCAACGCCCGUCAGCCGAAUCGGACGCUCGUCAACAACAGCAACCUUGCGCAACAGACGGCAGGAUGAGGAAGACACGCACGAUAAGUCGUCGAUAGUGAGCCGUACCCUAUCAUCACGAGUAUUCACGGAUAUCCCCGAGCCGAAACCUCGACAUUCCCUCAUCCACCGAUCCUCUCGCGAAUUCAGCCCCUCGCAUGACCAGCAGACGCAUCAAGACCAGCAAUUACCCCCUCAACGCACUAUCCAGGUUCGAAACACUCCAUCCAAUCAAUCCGGAAUACCCCUUCGCCGAACCUUCCUCUCAACGGGAUCCCACCUCUCCACGACAAGUCACCUCAACAUUCAGCCUGGCUACCGCAGAUACGGCAGCUCGGUCAUAAACACCGGCCUGACGCCUCAGGCCGAGCGACGAGGAGGAGGAGGAGGAGGGGCAGCAGGUGCAGGAGCUCCUGAUCAAGGCGAAACGGUGAGCUCGCCGCUAACUGCUACGGCGACAACACCUACCACCAGGACGGCGUCGCACUUCAGCAGCAUGCAGCAACUCCGGCCGCGGACUAAUAGCUUUGGAACGAGGCGGCUGAGCCUACGACGCACGCUGGACGGGGGCAGUGUUGCCAAUGCGGGUUAA